CGAUUUUGAUGGCUGUUCUGGAUUUAGGUUUUUUCACUGUGCAUCCUUGUUUAUUCAUGAGUCUUCCUUUGAGUUCUUUGCUUCCAUUUGACGACAUGUGUUUGAGGUUGCAUUUUAUAAAUGUGAAACCUUCCACAUGCUUACAGAAUGAUUUUAGGUUUUAUUUCUGCCUCAUGUGUUCCUGAAAAUGCCAGCUGCUGCUUGAUUGAAAAUGUAAUUUAACUUGACUGACACGUGAAUUUUAUAGUUCGUAAAUAUGGAUAAAUUUUCCUUGUUUGUGUUCAUAAGCCUGUUGGUCCAUAUGUUAAUGUGUUUCUUGAUUUAAUUUAAUUUCCUUAUUUUAAAAAAUGAAUAAAAACUACAACAAAAACCUUGGGGGAAGCCUUCAUACUUCUUAAAUUUUUGAAAACAUGUUUUUACUUUUUGGAAUUUACUUGUGCUGACAGAAUGUCUUCUCACUUUAGGAUUUCCUAAGUGUUCUAUCUUAGGAAUUUUGUCAGCGGCAACAGCUUUUGAUAUUGAUAUAAUUUUAUAUUGUAUUUGUGGAAACAGUUUCUUUUUGGAUGUGUGAAAGGAGCAGUUGUUUGGUACAGUUUUAAAAAUCUAAUGGCUAGAUUUAGUUACAUGCAUAGCAGAUUGUUUUAAAUCCAUUCAUUUAUAUUGGUGGCUCUUAGAUAUGUGGGGAUCAGAAAGCCUCUCACAAAAUUGAUUACUUUUUCUCUUCUCACCAGAGAAGUACACACAUAGAUUACUACAGGAGAUUUAAGGACCCAGUGAAGGCAUGUUUUAGAAAUGGGAUAGUACAUGUAUACAUAAGUAGAAUAUAAGGUACUAUAUAAGACCUUUAAGAAAAACGUAAACAAAUUAAUACCAGUAUGCGAAGCAGAGAGCAGUUAAGGUGGGUGGUUGGGGACAGCAUAUGGAACAGGGCAUGGGGACAAGGCAGGCUUCACGGAGAUGGUGGAAUUUGAAGGCCUGAUGGGCACUCAGAAGACAAAACCCACUCCAAGCAGAGAUGAUAAGUGUGAAUGAAUACAGGGAGGCAAGAAAGUACCUGGCCUGUUUGGAUAUCCAUGAGUAUUACAGUCUCCUUGAGGAUAAUGACUGUUACUGAUUUGCUUUUGAGUUCUGUAUUGUGCCCAGCACACAAUACUUAGUAAGUACAUGUUGAACUGCAUUUUAAACUCUUUAUUAUGGUUUCGGAGACCACCAUUCUGUGUCCUAAAACAUUGCAUCUGUGCUCUCAUAUAUAUACUUCUGUAAAGAAACAAAUUAAAUAUGUAUUAUUUCAGUGACUAUGUACACUAAUUGACUUUAAAAAGAAAAUUGAAACUUAACUAAGGUAUAAUAGCAUGAUUGGAUACUUUUCAGAUCACUAAUGUGAAAACCCUGGUGGCGUAGUGGUUAAGAGUUCGGCUGCUAACCAAAAGGUCGGCAGUUCGAACCCACCAGGCGUUCCUUGGAAACCCUGUGGGGCAGUUCUACUCUGUCCUGUAGGGUCACUAUGAGUCGGAAUCGACUUGAUGGCAACAGGGGUAACGGGUAAUGUGAAAAAAUUCUGCCACACAUUCAGCCAUCUUCUCACGGUGCAAAGAUUGCUAUUUCGGAGGCUACCUUUAGGAAAGAUUAAAUAGCUGGAUAGUACCAGAGUAAGGAAAUUCUGGCUGAAAGUACUUUUAAUCUGUGCAAAGUGUUAGAAAUGAAUUUUAAAGGUAAUUAUUGAUGAUCAAGAUAAUAAGAAUAGCUUUUAUUUGUGUCUUUUCUAUGUAUUAGGUAUGGUAUUAAGCAUUUAAAAAUAUUAUUUUACAUAUGAGAACAAUAUUGUUAUUAUUCCCCUUUUACAGAGGAGGAAACUAAGGACUAAAGAGGGGGAGGAGAAGUAAUUUAUCCAAGUUCAUCCCACUGAUAAGUAGCAGAGGUGGGAUUUGAAUGCUCAAGUUCUGAUAACCACUUAGCCUGAUCACAGCAAGACAGAGCUAGACAAGUUUAUUACUUUUUUUUUUUAGUAACUAUUUUAGCUUUUAUUCCUGUUCCUCAUUUGCUUCUGAUUUCACUUAAUGCCAUGAAUGAAGUCAAGAAGAUCUUAAAGGAAGUCCUUGAUACAGAUCAAUUGUAAAACAUCGAUUAUGUUUCAAGAACACACCUGAGAUCUAUUUCUAUUUAUGUAUACAGUGUAGUCCCAGAUAUAUCAUAUAGGCUUGUUGAUUUAUAUUUGCUGAAGUUGAGGAACUUUAUGACAAAGCACUUUCUUCUUUUGUAACCUGGCUGUUUUCUGACUUUCAGGUUCUAAAUGCACAGAGAGCAGGAUACAAAGCGGCCAUAGUUCACAAUGUGGAUUCUGAUGACCUCAUUAGCAUGGGAUCCAACGACAGUAAGUACAGUUAACGUGUUAAAGAAAAUUGACAUUCCAUCGGUUUUUAUUGGUGAAUCAUCAGCUAAUUCCCUGAAAGAUGAAUUCACAUAUGAAAAAGGGGGCCACGUCAUCUUAGUCCCAGAAUUCAGUCUUCCUCUGGAAUACUAUCUAAUCCCCUUCCUCAUAAUUGUGGGCAUCUGUCUCAUCCUGAUAGUCAUUUUCAUGAUCACAAAAUUUGUCCAGGACCGACAUAGAGCUAGGAGAAAUAGACUUCGUAAAGAUCAACUUAAGAAACUCCCUGUACAUAAAUUCAAGAAAGGAGAUGAGUAUGAUGUGUGUGCCAUCUGUCUGGAUGAAUAUGAAGAUGGAGACAAGCUCCGAAUCCUUCCCUGUUCCCACGCUUAUCACUGCAAGUGUGUAGACCCUUGGCUAACUAAAACCAAAAAAACCUGUCCGGUCUGCAAGCAAAAAGUUGUUCCUUCUCAAGGCGACUCAGACUCUGACACUGACAGCAGUCAAGAAGAAAACGAAGUGUCGGAACACACGCCUUUACUCAGACCUCUGGCCUCUGUCAGCACUCAGUCGUUUGGGGCUUUGUCAGAAUCCCGCUCACAUCAGAACGUGACAGAAUCUUCUGACUAUGAGGAAGAUGACAAUGAAGACACCGACAGCAGUGACGCAGAAAACGGAAUUAAUGAACACAGUGUUGUGGUCCAACUGCAGCCUGAUGGUGAACGGGAUCACAACAUAGCAAAUACCGUUUGACCCUCAGAGGGGGAUUGGUUUAUUUCUCUUUAAAAUUCUAUAUAGGUAUGUAAUUUGACUUUUUUUCUCCUUUGGCUCCCUUCAGAGAUUUCUGUAGAAAUAACUCACUUUUUAGUAUUCUACAGUUUAAUCAGAUUAUGGAAAUGGCUUUUUGAUCCAGUAUUUGUCUGCAGGAGUGUACUUCAUUUCACUAAUAAGUAGUAAUACAAAGGUGCCGUAACUCACGCACCAACUCUCCUUUUGGAAUGAAAAAUAGCCAAAACAUUAAAGAAAAAAAAAUUCCUCCGUAUAGCUUGCAAUAAAGACCUAGACCACAGUAUGCAAACUUGGUUUACACACAAGGUCAGUGCCGCUGCUGCCUAGCAUGAGCUAAGCCAACGCCCCCGUCCGUAGUUACCUAGUUGUUGAAUUGGCAUUAUCUUUGUUCUGGUAUUUCUCCAAAUUGCCAUCAUUCAUGAGAGGUGGCAAGGUAAUUUACUAUGUUUCCUCCUAUCAGCCCUACAGAGAAAAAGAUGUACUCAAAGCUUUUUCCUUCCUGUUCUCAAGCAGUCUUGUCCUGGCGGCAGUGUUCCAUACUAGUGCAGGUAUCACAGAAACGUUGAAGGUUCUUAAUACUAUAGUGUUACGUCUGAACUUGGUUCAGCAACUAAUGUCUCUGGACUUUGCUCACUGAAUGUCAGUAUCCUUUGGGUUUCCUGUGGUUGUGAUCAAAGAAAAAAGAAAACUAAAAAUACCGAACUUCAGUAACUGUUUAUACUCAGACCAUAUAUACCUCUUAAUAAAGAGCAUCUUAUGCUAAUUAGCCCUGCUAAACUCUGUACAGAGGAAAUUCCUCAAGUAUUGGAUUUGAAAAUGAUGUAUUUUAACAAUGUAUUACAAAAAGAUAAAUUAUACAUCAUUGUAACUAUGUAGAAAAUAAUAGACUAAAUGAAUAAUCAAAAUGUUCAGAAUUUUUAUAUGGCCUUGUAAGGGGAGUUUGAAUGUUAAUAAACAUGUUUUCCACGUUAAGAACCAACAAAUGUUUUACUGUAGUGUUACUUACCUCAUUAGCCUUAUUAAUAUGCACAGUGCUGUAAAGGUAUGACUGAGGUCAGAUAAAAUAAAUACACAUCAUCUUAGAAUUUUAUACACGGUAACUGCUCACAAUUAGGUAACCCCUAAGAAAGGUAAGACUGUAGCCAAAAUUAUUCCACCAAUAGAGUACAUUGUGGUAUACCCUGUUGUAAAUUAUGGUACAUCUUUACAGGAGACUGGGCAAUGGUUAAUAUAAAGUGAAUAAAAGCAUGUUAUAGAAUAAGUAUAUGAGGUGUAUGGGCCUUCUGUUAUAAAAUAUAGUUAAGAAGAAAGGAUUGGAAUUUUCACUUUCUGAAUUGUUUUUUUAAAAAAAAAAACAAAAACUUUAUAAUCAGCAAAAAGAAGAAAGUUAUUUCCACUUUGGAAAAUAAAAGGUUGACUUCAACAUCACUGUCUGAUACCACUCCACCCCCAG